GAAAUUCCAGAGAGUUCUCGUGCUAAUCUUUCUCGUUCUCUCUGUGGAAAAAAAAAAAAAAACCAUGGCUACCGUCUGCGAACACUCACACAAGCUCAUCGAUGAAGAGCCGAAAAUCCCAGUCUUGACAGUCCUAAAGAACGGAGCCAUUCUCAAGAACAUCUUCAUCGUCAACAACUGCGAUCCCGAUCAGCUUGAUCGCGAACAAAUCUUGAUCGUCGGACGACACCCCGAUUGCAAUAUCAUCUUGACUCACCCCAGCAUCAGCAGAUCCCAUCUCCAAAUCCUCUCAAACCCUUCCUCACACAAGCUCUUCGUAAUCGAUUUAUCCUCCGUACAUGGGACAUGGGUUUCGGAGAAGAAGAUCGAUCCGUGGGCGCGAGUGGAGCUGCGUGAGGGCGACUCGUUUAGGAUUGGCGGUUCGAGCAGAAUUUACAAGCUUCAUUGGAUUCCUUUGAGCCAAGCAUAUGAUUUCGAAAGCCAUUAUGUAUCGGCAUCAGAUGCUCCAUUGACAGAAGAGAUAGAAGAGGAAGUUUCAACGGAGGCAUGCCAGGAAAUUGAAAAUGAACCUGUUGAAGAAGAGGAAAACAUAGAGAACAAGGAAAUGAUAGCACAAGAAGAAGAAUGUGAGGGUAAUAACUCCUUGUUCAUGGAGAAUAAAGAGAUCCAGUCUCUGGAUUUGGUUGUUGAGGGCAUGAGUUCUUUAUUUGCUGAAGAGAGUUUGGGAAUAACUGUGAAAAAGGAAAUCCCAUCAGCACCUCCAAUGCCCGAAAAUCCGAUGGAUUCACUUUUUGACAAUAAUGACAAAUGUGUUGAAAUCUCAUUGAAAGAUGUUGAUCAACAGAAUGAAAUCUCGAGACGCUACGAGGGGCCCUUCGGAACUGAAUUAGGACAUUUCUCUUUGCCUCUUGAGGGUGUUAUUUUGGACACUGGGUGUGAAGAAUCUUGUAAAGAAAACCAGAGCCUAGAACCAUCUAUUGUGACAGAGUUUGGAUGCGAAAGGGAAUGUUCAGAGUGGGAAAUCUCUGUUGUGAAUGAAGAGAAGUGUGAUCUUGAUGCUGCUCUAGCCCUUGAAGAAACUGAGAACCAAAGUUUGUUCACAGAAGACUUUGGACAGACCGAUAAGUCGCCUUCGUUGGUUAGAGAAGUCGGUGGUGAGAGUCGUGAGACUGAAAAUCAGCAUGAUGACCCGGAAGCUCUCUACGCUUUGGAGUCAUCGUCUCAAAAGGGGAAGCAAGAAAAUUCUGAAGCAUCUUAUGAUGAAGUUCCUCCAGCUUCUGAAAGACUAGAAGAAAGUGAAGACCAAAAGUUAUGCCAGGAAGACCAUGAACAGAAGGAUGUCUCAAUCCAGGAUUGUACGCCUUGCAUAAAAGAAUCUGUGAACUCAUCUUUUCUAGCUGAGGAAGCUGUCCUAGAAAUUUCAGAUGACAGAGAAAACCAGACUCCACCAUCUCUCUGUACAAUAGCAACUCUGCCUCAACUAGAAACAAUAGGGGGAUCCCCAAUAAGAUCAGAAAACACACCAGGCUUUGGAAGCAUUUGGUCGAGGAGAGGUAAACCUGCUAAUGUCAUUAAGCUUCGAACGGGUAGGAGCAAAGGAGAAACCAUGGUGGAUGAUGUCGAUUCCGAAUAUGAACAGCAUAAUCAGGAGAACAUUGAAGACAAACCAAUUUCAAAGGAAGUUUUCUCUUGCUUAAAUGGGGAGGAAGAAGAGAUCUUUACUCCGGAUAAGGAGAAUUUCACCCCAAACACGCUUCUAGAGAAGUCCUUACAGAAGAAGGGAAAGCUUGCUAGUGUCAGUCUACUUCGAACCGGUAAGAGCAGAGUCAAAAGCAUGCUGGCCAGUGCUGAUUCCGAAAAUGAGAAGCAUAACCAGGAGGCUACUAGUGAUGAAUUGAUUUCAAAGGAAAUUAACUCUUGUUUGGAUGUAGAGGAAGAAGAGAUCUUUACUCCAGACAAGGAGAAUUUCACCCCAAAUACCCUCUUAGUGAAAUCCUUGAAAAAGAAGGGUAAACUUGCUAGUCUCAAUCAGCUUCAAACAGGUAAGAGCAGAAUCGAAAGCGUGUUGGCCAGUGCUGGUUCUGAAGGUGAGCAGCAUAAUCAUGAGAACAUAGAAGGUAAAUUGAUUUCAAAGGAAAUUUUCCCUUGUUUGAAAAGCGACGAAGAGAUCUUUACACCGGACAAGGAAAAUGUCACCCCAAAUACACUUCUUCUCAAGUCCUUAAAGAAGAAAGGUAAGCUAGAAGAAAUGAAGCAUUCUGAAUGGUGCGGAUCAUCCUCUCCAGGACUCAACAAGGAAAAUGUCACCCCAAAUACCCUUCUUCUCAAGUCCUUAAAGAAGAAAGGUAAGCUAGAAGGAAUGAAGCAUUCUGACUGGUGCGGAUCAUCCUCUCCAGGACUCAACAAGGAAAAUGUCACCCCAAAUACCCUUCUUCUCAAGUCCUUAAAGAAGAAAGGUAAGCUAGAAGAAAUGAAGCAUUCUGAAUGGUGCGGAUCAUCCUCUCCAGGACUCACUUUCAGCCCCAAUAUGCAUCCAGAAGAAAACUUGAUUGCGUCUUCGAAGAAAGAAAAUCAGACGUUGCGAGUUCUACAAGAACUCAAGCCUCUAAGACAACCUCUCUCUGAGAGUCAAGUUGGACUCGAACGAGAACUGAUGGUUAACAAAAGAAGACAGGAAAGAGUUCCAUUUCAAUCACUAGUUGUAAACUGUGUAGGCAAGACGAUAUCAGACACAUUGGGGCCGCUUUCUGCUUCGAAAAGCAGUUCAUCGGUCAAUUGUACUCAAAAUUUGGACGUCGUCACUCAUCCCCUCUCUAGAAAACCUAUUCGAAAGGUUAAGAGGAGCUGGACCGUGGUAGCGGACACUACUACUCUUCUGAACAAGGGAUCAAGGAAAUCACUUCAGCUUUUGCAAGGUCUUAGGGGGACUCGUUUAAUCAUUCCGCGGAUGGUCAUAAGGGAGCUGGAUUGCUUGAAGCGGCGAGGCAGUCUAUUCAGGAGAAAAACCGAGGCUUGCCUGGUGUUAGAAUGGAUUGAACAGUGUAUGGUUGAAAAACCUUGGUGGAUUCAUGUCCAGAGCUCGGCUGAAGAUUUAAGGCUGACCGCUCCUACGCCUCCCGCUUCCCCUCGGUCUCCAUUUAGCCAGGGUAGUGGGGGGAUUUUCUACGGGACAACAACGAGCUCAUUGCCAUUUUUAAGCCACCGGAGCUCAAUGGAAAUUGCUUCGCCAACAACAGAAGACCACAUCCUCGAGUGUUCUCUUCUCUGUAGGAAAACGAUGAGUGAUGGACAGCUUGUCCUUCUUAGUGAUGAUGUCACUUUGAAGAUCAAAGCCAUGGCAGAGGGUUUGAUCUGCGAGACAGUUCAAGAGUUCCGCGAGAGUCUGAUGAAUCCGUUUUCUGAGAGGUUUUUGUGGGUUGACAGCUCUCCGAGAGGACAAACUUGGUCUGUCAUGGAUGAUGUAGUCUUGAGGGAGAAGUAUAGUCGUUUUCCCAUGAAGUCACUGAAGGGAGAAAGUGCAAAGGGAUUGAAGCUCAUUCUGCUCCACAAUUCUCAUUAUGGGCAGAGAACUCCAAUCAGUUAA